UGCGCAAUUGGUUCUCUGCGUGCUCCGUUCCAGAUUGUGUGAAGCUAAAGAUCGCGUUUUAUCGGCAAAUUACUUGCAAAUUGGUCUGCCUUUAAAAAUAAAAAUACGAUCAAUUCGAUGUUUAUAAUCAACUAUGACAAAAACGUGCGGCUGUUAUAAGUAGAAACUGUGAUUAUUUUAAUUUGUUUUUUGUGAAUAAGUUACGGUUCUGCAAAUAUCGGUACUAUUAGUUUUUAACACCGAAAAUGGCAGCCCUACCACGCAGAAUAAUAAAAGAAACUCAACGUUUAUUACAAGAGCCGGUACCUGGAAUAAGUGCAGUUCCCGACGAUAGUAACGCUAGGUAUUUUCACGUGAUAGUGACUGGCCCUGAAGAUUCACCAUUUGAAGGAGGUUUAUUCAAAUUAGAAUUGUUUCUUCCAGAGGAUUAUCCCAUGUCCGCUCCCAAAGUGCGAUUUAUAACUCAAAUUUAUCACCCCAACAUUGAUAGAUUGGGUAGGAUUUGUUUAGAUAUAUUAAAGGAUAAAUGGAGUCCGGCACUUCAAAUUCGUACAGUUUUAUUAUCGAUUCAGGCACUGCUCAGUGCACCGAACCCGGACGAUCCGCUGGCCAAUGAUGUUGCCGAAUUGUGGAAGGUAAACGAAGCAGAGGCCAUUCGUAAUGCCAAAGAGUGGACUCGUAAAUACGCAAUGGAUAACUAAUUUAGGAUCGUUUUAACAAAUAUGAUUGUUCUAUUUCUUCGCUUAUAUUCUGCUGUGUCUACAACACGUGUUUAUUGUAGCCAGCAAAUUAGAACGUUUAUAUUUGUUACGUUGAUCAGGUGUUAAUAUCUUGUCACACACGUUUAAUUCCUACUUUUUUAUAGUUUUUUUCUGUCAACUUGAAAAAACUAAACCUUUCUCAAUAAACGGAAUACAGUAGAACGUGCUUAAUUUGAGUAAGUGUAGGGUUAUUUAUACCAAAAAUUAUAUUUAUUGAACCCUUAAUUUAGCUGUACAUCAGAUUACGUUCAUUUUCAGUAUUUGUGUUGACUGUUAAGCAAAUUCUACUGGAUUUGUGAAAGCCUAAGCUUUAGUUCUUCAUGUAAAAAAUUUUUUUCUGCUGUAAUUAUUAUAUUCAUCGUAAUUUGUAAAUCGAGGAGUUAAACCCAAGGCAGGGAUUCAUUUUGUAUGGUAGAAGUCAAGGCACUGAUUAUGGCAUUCUGCUGCACUAGGUGUUGAUACUAGUAUGCUGUAAAUAUGGUAUGUAAGGCUUUUUACAAAUAAAUUAUUAGUUUAAACGUU